AUGAGACAAUUUCACAUUGCUUUUAAUCAUGAUGCGAAGGAUCAGGUUACUUUAGUCAUCCUCCGACAAAUUCGUCCACAAACUCCAGACAUUAUCCGUGCCGCAAGUGGUGAAAAUGUCUCUAAAUGUGUCGCUUUCUCCGCAUCUGGGCCGCAAAGCAUGGUUGCUUCUCCAGCACAGGCACGCGCUGUUGCUUCAUUGGAAACUUCUAAUCCACCACCCCCACCCCGUGGUAUCACCACUUUGUCCAAUGUUCUCGUCCUCACCAAACGACCGGGUGAAUCUUUGGGCAUGUCCGUCGCCGGUGGAGUCGCCAGUCAGCGCGGUGAUGUGCCAAUCUAUGUGACCAAUUUAGCCCCGAACGGUCUGGUCGCUCGUUCCGGUCGUGUGUUUCGAGGAGACAUCCUGCUUGCUGUGAACGAUAUCGAGUUGUUGGGUCUGUCACAUGAACGGGCCGUUGAAGCUCUGAAAAAUGCCAGAGACAGUUGCACACAGGUGACUUUGAGACUCCUCAAAGGUCCUGAAUGUAGUCUUGAAGACCGCAAUUUUAUCCCCAGUUGGUUAUUCUGGUUACAACUUCCACGGUAUUGUCAAAUUCCUCGACUGGUGGUUCUCGUUCGUGAUCCAGUUAUCGGUUUGGGCUUCAGCAUAAUCGGUGGUAACGAUUUCUUUCCGGAUUCCACUGAGCCCGCGAAUCCGUUUAUGGGGCAGCUAAUUACUGGAAUUUUCGGCACACAAUGCCUGGGAACUGCGUAG